CAGAAGAAAAAGAAUCAAAAUCCUAACCAAACGCGUACACACAGAAACCCAGCUGAAAAAUCAAAUUACAAAUUUUAUUUUCCUUUAAGAUUUUCUUGGCUGCGCUGCAAAUUCGCUAUUUCUUAUUCUCCUUUUCUUAGUUUAUUCUUCAGGUGGUUUAUUGGUUUAAAUUAGUGUGAAAAAUGGGCGAGCAUACUGUUGUGAAUGUGAGUCAACUGCUAAAACCUGAGGUGGUUGAACCUACUGGAAAGAAGCCUGAGAUGGUCGGGUCCUCUUCGUCAAUGACGGCAGAUAAUGAUAAAGUGAUGAUGGUGGUGGAGCAUGAAGAGGAGGAUGAACAAGCACCUCUAAUAGGGUUGGGAGAGUGCCGUAUUUGCCAAGAAGAGGAUUCUUUCAAAAACUUGGAGAGUCCUUGUGCUUGCAGUGGGAGUCUUAAGUAUGCCCACAGAAAAUGUGUACAGCACUGGUGCAAUGAGAAGGGAGACAUAACCUGUGAGAUCUGCCAUCAGCAAUAUCAGCCUGGUUACACAGCUAUUCCACGUCCUCCUACUGAUGAGACUACAAUUGAUAUUGGGGGAGUGUGGCAAAUUUCGGGGACACCACUGGACAUGAACGACCCUCGUCUGGUGGCAAUAACCGAGGCCGAACGUCAGUUGUUUGAAGCAGACUAUGAUGAUUAUAACGGCACCAAUAGUAGUGGUGCCGCCUUUUGCCGCUCGGCUGCACUAAUCUUAAUGGCUCUUUUACUGCUGAGGCAUGCGCUGUCGAUCACUGAUGAUGGAGAUGGAGAUGGAGAUGGAGAGGACGAUGCUGAUGCAUCGGCAUUCCUGUCUCUGUUCUUGAUUCGUGCGAUUGUAUUUCUUUUGCCUUGCUACAUUAUGAUCUGGGCCAUCAGUAUCUUGCAACGCAGGAGGCAAAGACAGGAGGCUGCAGCAUUAGCCGCAACACAAUUUGCAAUUGUCGUCCAAUCGGCUCAAAGCAGGGGCCUACUAGUCGCCUCGACGGCCCCACCUCCGGCGGCCACCACUCCACAGGUGGCGGCGGCGGCACCUCUGCAGGCAGCCGAGCACGUUUGAUAACAAGAUGCGGCUUUUUUCUUUUAAUUGGCGUAUUUAAAUUUUAUUUUCAAACAUGAGAUUUCGUUGUGUAUAUUAUCAAUUUCGAAGAUCUUUUAGGUUUUUGUUGCUCUGUGAUUUCGAAGAUCUAACAGGGAAAGAAAGAACAAUGUAUUAAUGAAGUGUAUGUACUAUCAAUUUGAUUUACUGUUG